AUGGGCGAACUCGUUCCGUACAUCGAUGGCAUGCAGAAGGGCCAAGGGUACAACACGUACCUUCAACAGCUUUGCGUCAAGAACGCAGUCACUGUCGAGGGUUCGGAUGGCCCAAGCAAUCCGUUCCGGGCAACGUACAAUUCCAAAUUUGUCGACGACUACGAGAAGCUUGCCCAAAGCCUCAAGAUCAGCGCCGGAGCAACUGUGAGUGGAUGGGGUCAGAGCGGCCAGGUCAAUGCCAGCUACCUGGACCGAAGCGAGUUUGAAAGCAGCACCCUGACGUACCAAGUCGAAGUUCUUGUCCAGCAUCAAGGCAGUGUAAGCGACAGGCACACAUUCAACAAGAUCGACACAGAAAAUCCAACCAAGAAAUAUGGCGACCGUUUCAUAUCAGACUUUAUCCGUGGGGGCCAGUUUCUCGCCCGGGUAUCCAUCACCGUCAAAAGUGCGUCUGAAACAGAAGAAAUCAAGCAAUCGGCUGAAGUGGCAUUCUCCAUGUACGGGGCGAACGGAAAGGUGACAGAGGAAGUCGAGACCGCCGUCUCCAGAAUCAAGAAGAACACCACGAUCAAAAUCACCAUCUACGAGUCAGGAGGCUCGUCAAAGGCUUCAGCUGCGGACUUCACUACAUCCGAGACAUCCGAUCUGCUUGCCGUGAAGCAGAAGGCUGACAAAUUCUUUGAUGAUGCGAGCGCAGGCGGGCAUGACUAUAUCCUCUUCGCUGUCCUCGGCAAAUACACAAACUUGUCCGACUUUGACAAUUAUUUUGCCCCGCUCGACUACUCGGAAGCAAACGAAAGGAGCUGGAGCCUAUCCGAUGACUUCACGAGAUACCAGGCUCUCAAGACCCUCAUCAAAUCUGUUCCUGAGAACAAAUACAAACAGGGCUCGAGCCAACAGUCAGAGCUACUGGACGGGGCAAUCAACAACGCGAAGAAGAUUCGGGACAAAGUUCUCACCAUCUCUGAUCAUCCCGAUGACGCUCGAACACCAUCUGACCAUGUGCGCCCGACCGAGUUUCAACUGCAAGUGCUGCGUGCAGUCAAGACAGUGACCUAUAUAGCGCAGAGCAGGCCCAAGGCCGACGACAACUGGACCGACAUUGUAAGCACGGAGGUGUUCCCAGAUGGGGACGAAAACUUUCGCUUCGAGGCGUUUGACUUCGACAGCCUCAUAGGAACGCAGGUCGUGUCGUUCGGCAAGAAAAAGGACGGCGACGCCUACACUUGCCUCAUUGGCACCCGCGCAUCGUCCCUCAACGGCUGGGAGGAGGAGAGCCGCUUGUGGGUGUUUUCGGAGAGAGUCGAUCACUACGCCGAUCAGAUUGUCGGUGUCUCCCGUUCCGCCGUCAAGGACUACUUCAGAGUCUAUGCCGCGGAUCAGUCGGACAUUGAUCGCCCGAGGAAGUAUCAGGUUUUUUACUUCUUCGUGCCAACUCCGGAUGCUACUUACUAA